AUGCUGCAAAGUGUAGGCAAAUACCGGUGGAGACAGUCAUGUCGGUACAAGAAGCUAACUGACCAACAUGAGAAGUUGACAACAGCAACAACAAGGUCGGGUAAAAGGCAGAACUUGGGGAAGAAGAACGAGAUUCGAGCAAAAGGGUUUAGACUAAACCGAUCAAGGAAGCUGGUUCUUAAGGCAUUAGCUUUGCCUAGAAGGAUCUUUAACCUUUAUGUGCGUAUCACAAAUAAGAUGAACAGAGAAGGUUUAUAUCCUAAUCUUGUUUUUUCUUCUCAUUGGGGUUUCCCUGUUCAGAUGAAUUCAAGAGGUGGGUUCCGCUAG